AUGUCUCGCUAUCCCGACUACCUCUCGCCAAACCCAACGCCCACAAAGCUCUCAAAGUCGCAGAAAUCCCGUGCGCGGCGAGAGCCAUCUGGCGUGUUCUCACUGUUCCAGGCCCCCCAAAUCCAGCAGUUCAAAGAGGCCUUUCAACUCAUCGACCAUGACAAGGACGGCUGGGUGAACGAGGGGGAUCUGAAAGAGAUUUUCGCGAGUCUCGGUAUAUCACCUUCCAAGCAAAUGAUGGACGAGUUGCUCAGCGCGCGUCCGGGGGAGCAUGUUCGUUCAUCGUCAUAUAACGACGACUCUUCCUCGGAGCGAGGGAUUAACUUCACGAUGUUCCUGACGAUGAUGAGCGAACGAUUGUUUGAUUUCGAUACCGAAGCCGAGCUACUAAGCGCGUUUGAGUCCUUUGACGAGAAUGACAGCGGUAUGGUCAAGGUGGAUGAGAUGAGGAAGUGGUUAGGCGAGAUCGGCGAACGGAUGGACCAGCGGGAGAUUGACAGGUUCUUGAAAGGUCCAUUUACGGACCGACAAGGAAACUUCAACUAUCGCGAAUGGGUGAAGGUUCUCCGCGUCAAUGGAGAUGAAGAGGGGAACGAAGGACAAGCACAGAAUAUAUAA